UUCAGGUUGUCUCAGAUGUCAGGAAUGGCUCCUAAAAGAGAACCCUCCAUUAAGAAGUCUCCUUCACCAGUGGCUGAAGUACGACUUGGUCCGCCUUUCCCCUGUUUGCCAGCAACACCUGCAGCUCCAAAACCGAUUUCAGAGCAGAAGCCAAGGAUGCUGCGUCCUUCUGAUUCACCAUUCGACCCCAGCACUAUGGAGAUUGAAUUUAACCUGGACCAGAUUCAUGAGUUUAAGGAGGCGUUCCUGCUGUUCGACAGGACAGGAGAUGGGAAGAUCAGCUACAGCCAGUGUGGCGAUGUGAUGCGGGCCUUGGGACAGAACCCUGUAAACGCGGAGGUGCUUAAAGUGCUGGGCAACCCCAAAUCUGAGGAGAUGAACACCAAGAUGCUUGACUUUGAGCAGUUCCUGCCCAUGUUCCAGGCCAUCGCCAAAAACAAAGAUCAGGGCUCCAUGGAGGAUUUUGUGGAAGGACUCCGUGUUUUUGACAAGGAGGGCAACGGCACAGUAAUGGGAGCAGAACUACGUCAUGUGCUCACUACGUUAGGUGAGAAAAUGUCAGAAGAGGAAGUGGAGACACUGCUGGCUGGACAUGAAGAUGCAAAUGGAUGCAUCAAUUAUGAAGCAUUUGUUCGUCACAUCAUGUCAGGCUGAGGGCCGAACUCGUCCGGAUGGUAAUGAACGGAUAAGGAGCGUCAGUUUUUUUUUUUUUUUUUUUUUCAUUUCUGCAGAAUCACAUUCCUAUAUAUUUUCCUUUUAGCUUUGCCAGCUCACCCCUACCUUUUACAUGAGUUUAUUUUACAGUUUUAAUUUAAGAAGUGCCUUUACAUUCCCUAGAAAAAAACCAUAAAGCACCAUUUUUAGAUCUAUUCACAUGUAUAAACUUUGUAUUCAUUGAGGAUUAUUUGUGCUUGCAUAGUUUGUAACAUUUCGAAAUGCACCGUAAGCUGUAACGAUGUAACUAAAAUUGGGCAAGUCAAUAAUAUAUAUCAUAUAAACAUAUUUUUAUGACUUGCUUUGGCUGAAAUGAUUAUUCAUAAAAGUAUCAAAAGAUGUAGUUGGAAACAGUUCAAAGCAUUCCCCAUGUCAUAAAUUUGGCCCAAAAUUUGUUGCUGCAUUUAAAUAAAUGUGUUUUCCUGAAA